GAUAAUAAGUUCACAAUUUAUUGGGUCAUUGUGACGAUUAUAAGUAUUAUUGUAUCCUUUUUUUCAUCGUUAUAAAUAAUUUUUAGUAUUUUCAAAAUCACUCCAAACAUGUUUUUGGUCAUUCAAAAUCAAUCUUAAUAGUAUGUAAAUUGCAUUUAAAAAUUUAAAAUUAAAUAUUGAAUUGAUAUCGAGUGAUUAACGGUGUGUACAAAAGUGAUUUUAAACUAGAGUGAUUUUUGCAUAGAAUUGAAUUUAGAUUUAAGAACUGCUACAGUGAAGACUUGGAAAAAAAAAGAAGUCUUUAUCAAAUGAUUUCUUAUGCAUUUGCAGGGUUGACCAUGGCAAUUAUUUCAAGUAACAGCCAUGCAUUUUCUACCCAUGUUUCAUAGAGACAGCAAGAGGGAGGCUUACUUGUAAUUUAUAUAAAUCGAGCGUUGCUUGCCUUCAUCUUCCUUGUAGACUUGUUUUGUUCUCUCAUUAACAGGGAAAGCUUCUUCGGCCCCUUCUUCAAUUGUUAUACUGACAUGACGGUAAUUCUCUCUCUCUCUCUCUCUCUCGUUGAAGACUUUUUUUGUCAGUUGAGUUGAUAGCUUUUCAUGCAGUUUUGUUUAUAACUAUGUCGUAAACUUAGCAUCUUUCCUUUUCUGGACCGUAUGUGCGUGGCCUGUGAAGUUUGAGUUACAGUAUCACAAGAUAGAAGAUGCCUAUUUGUAUUUUGAACAGGACACAUGAACAAAUUAUUUGAGAACGUCGCCACACUGUGGCUCACAAUUUUGUAUACCAAGAGAAACUAAAAAAGACAUCAAAUCAAUAUCUAAUAGAGAUAUUAGGGAGCAUUUCAUUAAUCCACAUGCAACCGUUGUUGAAAAGCCAACAACACAUUGUGGGAAUCUAAUUAAAUAAUUUUUCAUAUGGGGUCCGAAUCCUUGGAGUUUGUGUGUCUUGUUGGGUUGUUUGUUUUUUUUUUGUUUUUGGCUUAGAAGGAAUCUGAGACGGCCAAUAUUCUUCACCUGACAUUUCCUUUUGGAUUCGUGCAUGUUUUUGUUUUUUUCUUUCUUUUUGGUUUUGUUUUAUUUUUAUUUUCUGAAAAAGAAUUUCCUUCAAGUUGUGCCGUUCUUCAUUUGACUACACACUCUCUAUUUGUGAGAGAAAAUCCCCUCUCCAGCCUUAUGAUAUCUUGUCAGCAUCAUUCACCACAAAAUUUUCAACUGGAAAAAUGCUAUAGCUGCUAUUGAUUUGGCUUUUGAUGCCAUCAUCUUCAAAAUCCUUUUCUUUUUAACACGAGCCUCACCGUACUCAGUGAGGUUCAUUCUUGUGGAAAAAUAAGAAUAGAACAAUGAAAAAAAAUUAAAAUAAUAAUAAUAACAGCCAGCAAUUUUGGUAGGAAAAGGCCAAAUCCUUUUGUUAUGGUCAAUAUAGGCUUCAAAGCAUUCAGUGAGGUCCAUUCUUGUGAGAAGGUGACAGAGAUGAGAGUUCACAUGGACUGUCCCGGGUGUGAAAAACAAAUAAGAAAAGCCCUGGAAAAUCUAGAAGGUGUGGAUGAUGUGAUAAUAGAUUUGAGCACACAGAAGGUGACUGUGAUGGGAUGGGCAAAGCAAAAGAAGAUUCUGAAGGCAGUGCGGCGGAAUGGGCGGACGGCGGAACUGUGGCCAUACCCUUACAACCCCCAAUACCAUGGCUUCCUCCACCACUACCAGCAUUACCUCAACUCUCCUCAGCAUCACCAUCAGCCGCAGCCGCAGCCGCAGCCUCAGCCUCAAGCUAAACCAAUCAUCACCUACAAUUCACUGUCAUCUUCUUCUUCCUCGCACAAGCACAAGAUGAGUCCGAUACAUGAGUAUGCCGGUAGCUACAACUACAGCGGCGGUGGUGCUGAAUAUGGCUAUUAUCAAGAGCCACCCUUUACAACGAUUGAUGAAGAAGCUAGUGCCAUGUUUAGUGAUGAGAACCCACAUUCUUGUGCUGUCAUGUGAUGGUACCACGUUAAUUUAUCAUGAUCAUGUUAGAGAUGUUAGAGUUUGUUUGAGGUAACUUUCUAAGUGCUUAAAAAUGCUGUUGUAAGCCCUUAAAAAGUCAUUUUAAACAAGUCCGUAUUUAGAAUUCGGACAUUUCAAUUUUCUCUCUUGUAUUUUUGUGGAUGUAUUGUGUAUAAUUGUAUGUGUGUGUACAAAUGUGUAAAUGAGCCAGGGAUGUGUGUUUAAAUAUUCUCUUGUGAAAAUUUUCGGAUAAUAAUAAUGGUUUUUGG